AUGGUAUAUAUACGAGAGGAUUUGACUCCUUCUGUGUUACAGUUCAAGUCUAUUGACACUAACACCUCGUUCGAAAUAGCCUUAAACUCCAUCAAGAACUUGCAAGCAACAAAAGAUACUUCACCCAAGAUGAUUAUCAAGAUCAUAUAUAAUGAAACUAAAGAGUCUAAAGAGUCCAGUGAAGGUGAUAAGGACAUAAGGUUGACAUUCACCAAUAAACCUACCAUGAAUAAUAUCAAAGAAUGCCUCCAAACGAUUGUUUCUAGACAAAGAAUCACCAUAGAUUCAAAUCAAUCAACUCCUACAGUCAAGUUGGGACUCAGCGAUGAUAACUUACUUAAGAAUCAUGAACUUCAACAGAAACUUUUAAAUGAAGAUAAGAACCUCAGAUCAAUUUUCACUCAAUCAGUCAUUCACUUCAAAUUAUCUCCAACAAUUUUUUGGUCCAGUAGAUUGAACAUUCUUCGAACUUAUGCAUUGACGGUCAAUCAAGAUAGAGGAAUGUACAAUGUAUUAAGUACUAUCAAACCGGUGGCAACAAGUGAUAAUAAAGUCCAUGUGAAUGUUACCAGAAAUAUCAUUGACGAAAUUUUCAAGACAUAUCCAAUAGUAAAGAAAGCUUUUGACGAUUUAGUACCAGUCAAAUUCUCUGAAGGGGAAUUUUGGUCGAGAUUUUUCAACUCUAAAUUAUUCAGAAGAUUAAGAGGGGAUAAAUUGAACAAUAGUGAAAGAGGUGAUACUGUUCUAGAUCAAUAUUUGACUAUCAUGGCCAAUGAGAUAGCAAAUGGAAAUUCUUCGAAUGAAGCUAAUGAGGUGGUCAAACUCAUUGAUUUGAGUGGUAAUGAACAAGAUAAUAGUGUGAAGUAUGGGAACAAGCCUGAUUUCACUAUGAAUUAUGAGAACAAUGAUAAUGAAGUGGUCACUUUAUUGAAGAAUAUGAACAAUUUAAGUUCCAAGAUGAUUUCAAAUGCUGAACAUGAAACCAAAGGGGAUGAAGAAGAUCAUGAAAUAGAGGAAAUGCACGAAUUGGAAUUGAACGACUUGAACGAUUUCCAACAUGAGAAUUUUAUAGACUUGAAAAUCAAUUUCAAGAACGAUUUUAGAUCCAGUGAAGCCAUUAAUAGUGAAAUUAAGAGUUUCUUGAAGCUGAAUCUUGUACCCACUGAAGGAAUAAACUUGAAUGAUAAUAAUAAAGAUUCAAUAAAUGAAACUGCUGCCAUAAUAAUAAAUUUGAUCAAACUGAAUUUCAAAAAGGUCAAAUUUAAAUCAAAGAAUAGUCUUCCCAACGCCAUUGCUCAAAAACUCAUUAAUUUGAACAUUACAAUAGUGGAAUUUUUAUCUCAUUUUUGGAAAUUGUUUUUAUAUGAUAGUAAUCCUAAUCAGUUGAAAAAGAUUUUCACCAUUUUAAAGUCUUGUAAAACCAAUUUGGUGGAUUUGAAAAAAGAAGCUAUCACUGCAAUGAAUGACGAUGAAAUAUUGAACGAUUUGAAUUUUUACUUGAGUCCUAUUCUGAAUAGUUUAGAUAAGGCAUUAAUGGAAUAUGUGAGGGCCGUUAAAGGGGUCAAUGAGAACGGUAAACGUCCUUUAGAACAAUAA